AUGAAAAAUUGGACAUGCAAAACUGAGUUUCCAUUAAAACAUUCUGCAAGUGCCUCCCUUGCAGGAAACCUGCCGUGGGACCCUACUAAAGAUGAGUCGAUCCACCAUGAUACGCGAAUAGCGUGGCCGGCCAUUGAACUGCCGAAGGAACUGCAAAAAUACAAAUCCAAAACUGGCCAACCCUUUUUUCUGAACCAUGUGACUGGUCGCCAGCGUUGUAAAGACGCAUGCAUGCGAUUGGGCAUGGGCAUUGGCGCGCUUCUGGGUGUGUGGUUCAUGUCGCUGUGCAUGGACAAGCGAUCCUUGUCCUUGUUGGGCUUCACCCUUGAUGGAGCCUUCUUUGUGGAUAGCAUCAUUGGCUUGGCUGUGGGCAUCACAAUCGUUUCGUUCAUGUUCGGAGUGGAACUUCUGGCUGGUUGGGUUGUCUUCUUGCAGUUCUUUGAAGUCUUCGAUCCUUCCGAGAACUUUUGGCUGUGUAUCUUCUGGGAUGUAGUUUUCCAUUUGAAUGUGGCUAUCAACGAGGAGCUGCCGGUGCGAGGUUGGCUCUUGUACAAUCUGGCAGAAGCUGGCGCGGUAUAUCUGGACCUCUCCGCCAUCGCGGCCUUUCUCUUUGCCAUGGUGUUGGAGUCGGUACUCUUUGUGGUGAUGCACCUGCCAUCCCCUGGUGGAACCAGACCUCUGAGCAUGCUCAACAUUUUUGUUGGGGGCAUGGCAGGCGGUCUCAACGUUCUUCUGACCGGUGGCCGCUUAGGCUUUGCCUUGGGAUGGCACUUUGGUUGGAACAUCUCCAUGGGAAACGUCUUUGGACGCAGCACCAGUGGCAUUCCGAUUUCAGCCACCUUCGUCUCGGUGGUGCCGCAUCCCAGGAAGGAGCAGCUCCACGGUGGAGUCUUUGGGCCCGAGGGCGGGGUGAUCUCUCCCGCGGCCUAUUUUCUUGGAAUCAUUCUCCUGGCUCUCAUCUAUGGCUUGCCUGACUUUGGAUCUCAGAACCUCUUAGUGCACGACUGGCCACUCCUGGAUGCCUUAUCCGACUCUGCCAUUGCGCGCUGCCAUGAGUUUGAGGGUCAGGAUUUGGCCAUCACGGCAUGGUCUUGGGCCAAAUUGGAGGUUCGGAAUCCGCAACUGAUGGGAGCCCUUUGCGGCUCCAUUCUGGCUGCAAUAGAAGACCUUGGGCCGCAGAAUGUUGCGAACACUUUGUGGGCUUGGGCAGCCAUCCGCUACAGAGAAGCACCAGCCCUCUCUUCCAUGGCCGCGCUGGCCGUGAGACGCGUGGGUGAGUUCAUCUCUCAAGAGUUGGCCAACUGCGUCUGGGCGUUUGCGAAGCUGCACUUUCGUGACGAAGCUCUUCUAAAAGCAGCAUCUGUUGAAGCCAUUCGUCGGAUGGAGGAAAGCUCCGAAGACUUCGACGCCAUGUGUGUGGCGAGCAUCUCUUGGGCCUUCGCGACGCUAGGUUAUUGGGAUGGAAAAUUGCUGGAGGUGAUUGGCGCGGCAGUUGAGAAGCGAGUUUGGCGCUGCAAAACCCAGGAGCUAUCAAAUUUGGCCUGGGCAUUUGCCACCUUGACAGUGCGAAACCAGACCAGCGUGUUGAACGUCAUUGCAGCUGCUGCAUGCCAGCGGAUCAAUGAGUUCGAGCUGCAGCACAUCACCAAUACGACGUGA